UCGGAUUAGUGGUGUAUUUAGAGGGGCAUCUCAAAUCAGAGUCAAAAACUAAUGCAGAUAGAGAAGAUGAUGUGCAGGAGUUAGCUUUGAUCGUACACCAAUUAAUAUUUGAGGAAUUAUGCCACAAAUAUAUUUUCUGAAUAUAAGAUGCCCAGUAAUAGAAAAGAAAAUUUGGAAGGGCAAGACCCCCAUUCCAUUUAAUUCUUUAAAGAAUUGACCUUGUAACUCAUGGGGGUUUCCCAGCCCAGACAUAUGAGGAUAUAAUGGUGUCAAGUAGGUAGGAUAUUCAUUCUAAUUGAUUCAAUCCUGCAUACUAACGAUAAUAGAAGAUUAUUAGAAUGUUGAUCUACUUUAAUACGGUCCACCAAUUUUGUCAAAAUGUCAAGCGAUCUACCCAUACUACCUUUGCGAUCGACCAAUAGAUCGCGAUCGACGUAUUUUAACACCCCUGGUUGAAAUGAACACUGUAAUUAACACCAGACAACUUUAGAGCAGGGAACACUGUAAAUAAACACUUUAAAUCAACAUUAAAGGUUUAGUGGUGUGUUUUAAUGUAUUUAACUCAGAGUAAAUCUAAUCUGACUGUCACCAAAACAUUAUUUGUGAAACAAAUUGAGAAUAAUAAACUCCAAACUAAUCAGACUUUUAUAAAUUAAAGUUUCAGCUAAAUUAUUUCUUUUUUUUAAAUGAAUAUGACAUAGUGAUUUUGCGUAAAUAAACCGUAAAUAUGUGAGGCUCGGAAAAUACCUUAAAGGCCAAGUAAGGGGGGGGAUCUUUCGUUUAUGUAAUGUGAAGGGGAGCCCAGCCCAUAGGAAAACACGAGGCUUGUCGGUAGUAGUCGCUGGGACUGCCGGAAAUUACGUCACAGCACCGCGGCAGCUUGCCCCGGGUAAACAGCGAUGGUCCGUUUUGACGUCCGUGGUAGACUGUCACUAAUGGCUGAAUGGGCACAAUAAAGAGGGCUAUUUGUGAUUCUUUGUCCAGACUGCAUACCUGUCCGACCUGAUGCUCGUGUUCGCGUGUUUUUCCGCGCUGCUGGCGGCGUCCGUGAACGCAAACCUGUUUCAAUUUGACAGCAUCUCAAAUGUGUCAACCUAUUACUUCAACUACCUCUACUGCCAUGUUUGGGAAGGAGAGUGCCAGCCGAACCAGGACGAUGCGACCCAGCAAGUGCCUACAGAGAACACGUGGUCGUGGCUUUCUCAGGAUUAUAUGGGGAUGGUGUCCAACUGGUACUGCAGUAUUAAACAGUGCUGUGAUUCAGGAGACUGCAGAAUUACUAACAACAUCACAGGUCUAGAGCAGGAUCUUCAGAUGAAACUUCAUGGGCAGCACCUGGCUCAGUCGGUGGUCCUGAAGGCCAUUCAAGGCUUCAUUAAUAACCCUGAGUCCAACAAACCCCUGACCCUGUCCUUCCAUGGCUGGUCAGGCACAGGCAAGAACUUUGUGGCUCGGAUGGUGGCAGAUAACCUGUAUCGUGACGGAGUGAAGAGUGAGUGUGUGCGUCUGUUCAUUGCCCCGUUCCACUUCCCGCAUGCAAGACUGGUGGACGUGUACAAGGGCCAGUUAAGGGAAGCUAUUAGAGACAUGGUCCUCCGUUGCCCACAGACACUCUUCAUUUUUGAUGAGGCAGAGAAAUUGCACCCUGGUCUUAUUGACGCCAUUAAGCCCUACAUGGACCACUAUGAUAAUGUGGAUGGUGUUAGCUACAGAAAAGCUAUAUUCCUGUUCCUAAGUAAUAUUGGUGGGGCAAUUAUUAAUGACGUAGCACUGGAUUUUUGGCAUUCGGGGCAGAACAGGGAGGAUAUUGGUAUGGAAGAUCUGGAACAUAGACUGCGAGCAGAAUCUCUGGAGGCGGAAGGAGGAUUUUCCCAAAGUGAGCUCAUGUCGGGACACCUGAUUGACUUCUUUGUGCCAUUCUUGCCCCUUGAAUAUCGUCAUGUUACACUGUGUGCUCGGGAUGCAUUUGUUACUCGUGGUGUGGAGCCUGAUGAGGCAACUCUGGAUGAGGUGGCUAAAGCCAUGCUGUACGUACCCAAAGAAGAGAAACUCUUUUCUGCACAGGGUUGCAAAUCUAUCCCUCAAAGAAUUAACUUCUUUUUGCAUUAAUAGAAGAACACACAAGUCACUAAGGCCACAUGAACAAUUAUGGCAUAUAUAACAAUGAAUAAGAACGAGACUGUUACCUGGUUUCUGGAUUCAGAAACCUGACACAACCUUGAACAGGAUAAAGCAGUUACUGAGGAUGAAUGUUUUGAAAAAACAUGCAGCAUAAAGAUCUAUCAAUACCAGAGUUCAUACGGAGUUAAAAAAAAAUGGAGAGCUGUUACUUGAAAAUGCUGAAUCCCACAUACUAUUUCUUAGUUUCCUUUUUAUUAGCACCAGUCUAAUAGAGCUUUUUCAGUGGACAGGCAGUACAGUUUUGGUCAUGUACUUGUACCAUACCAUAUCUUUUCACAUACGUCAGCUUUAUUUAUAAAACGCACAAAUCUGGUUUUAAAAUAGUUUUAUCUGUAAUUCAAUAUUUAAAAUGUGACAAUAUUCUUUAAAUAAUGCAGGGUUUUUAACCUUACAUUAGUACUUUUGCUUAUUACUAUUUAAGUAUGCUCCAAAAUUUACAGGGAAGUAGGGAAGUGAUUUGUAGUAGGUGGAAUGUUUCCAUUACAAAAUGUAUCCAUAACAAAAAAAAAGAAAGGUGCAAAAUCUGUAAUUUUAAAGGCCCUUGUUUAAAUUUGUUUACAGUCUAUACUUUAAGAAGGUGUAUUAAAUGAAGGAAAUGUGGAUCGGUUAUUAUGCUUUACCCACUAGUGAAACAUAAUGUAAUAAAAUCAAUGUUUAAAUGAUA